GAAGCCUGGGAAGGAACGAUGGCAGCAGGGGCGGCAGCGGCGGCAGGAGCCUGGGUGCUGGUCCUCAGUCUGUGGGGAGCAGUAGUAGGUGACCGAAACAUCACAGCUCGGAUCGGGAAGCCGCUGGUGCUCAACUGUAGGGGGGCCCCCAAGAAGCCACCGCAGCAGCUGGAAUGGAAGCUGAACACAGGUCGGACAGAAGCUUGGAAGGUCCUAUCUCCCCAGGGAGGUCCCUGGGAUAGUGUAGCGCGUGUGCUCCCCAAUGGCUCCCUCCUCCUGCCAGCAGUAGGGAUCCAGGAUGAGGGGACUUUCCGGUGCCGGGCAACGAGCAGAAAUGGAAAGGAGACGAGGUCCACCUACCAAGUCCGAGUCUACCAGAUUCCUGGAAAGCCAGAAAUCAUCAAUCCUGCCUCUGAACUCAUGGCUGGUGUCCCCAGUAAGGUGGGGACAUGUGUGUCUGAGGGGGGCUAUCCUGCAGGGACUCUUAGCUGGCACUGGGACGGGAAACCCCUCAUACCUGAUGGCAAAGGAGUCUCUGUGCAGGAGGAGACCAGGAGACACCCUGAGACAGGGCUUUUCACACUCCAGUCGGAGCUGAUGGUGACCCCAGCCCAGGGAGGAGCUCCCCACCCCACCUUCUCCUGUAGCUUCAGCCCUGGCCUUCCCCGGCGUCGAGCCCUACAUGCGGCCCCCAUCCAGCUCAACGUCUGGGAGUCUGUGCCUCUGGAAGUCCAAGUGAUGGUAGAGCCAGGUGGAAUGCUAGCUCCUGGUGGUACUGUGACCCUGACCUGUGAAACUCCUGCCCAAUCCUCUGUUCAAAUCCACUGGAUCAAGGACGGCAUGCCCCUGCCCCUUCCCCCUAGCCCCAUGCUGGUCCUCUCUGAGGUGAAGCCUGAGGACCAGGGAACCUACAGCUGUGUGGCCAUGCAUCCCAGCCACGGGUCCCAGGAAAGCCGUGGUGUCAGUGUCGUCAUUGAAACAGACAAAGAGGGGCCAACCACAGGCUAUGUGGAAGGGCAGGGGCUGGGAACUGUCGCCCUGGCCCUGGGGAUCCUAGGAGGCCUGGGGAUAGCUGUCCUGCUCAUCGGGGCCAUCAUGUGGCGAAGACGGCAACGCCAAAGACAGGAGAGGAAGGCCCCAGAAAACCAGGAGGAGGAGGAGGAGGAGGAGCGCACAGAGCUGAAUCAGUCAGAGGAGCCCGAGGCAGCUGAGAGCGGUGCAGCAGGGCCAUGAGGGGCGCCCAGCCAGACCCCAUCUGUCAGCUCCCUUUUCUUCCCCCUUGCUCUCUUCUGUCCCCAGAGCAAUUCUCUCCUGUAUCACCUGUACCCCACCUCACCAAACUUGCCUCCACAACCAGAGCCUCCUACAGUGAUAAGUAAACACCUCACCCAUUUGUUCUCGUGCA